AUGAUGAGGUUACUUUAAAGAGAAAACAUUCCUACUAUGCCCAAGUUCAAGGUCCGUUGGGAGUAACCAAGAGAGAAUGGUGCCAUUUUCUAGUAUAUACCAAGAAGGGGUACCAUCUGGAGCGCAUUCAACUAGACAAGGAUUACUGGUUCUCA